CGUGCCCGCUCCCGGCGCCCCGCCGGGGAUGUCCCGCAAACAGGCGGCCAAGGCCCGGCCCGCCGGGGCCAGGAAGGGCCGGCGGCCCCGCAGCCCCCUCGCCGGAUCGGCCCCGGGCCCUGCACCGGGCGGCGGCGGCGGCGGCGGCGGCGGCGGCGGCCUCGCCGGGCAGCUCCGGGCCCUCGGCCUCAAGCUGCGGGAGGUGCCGGGCGACGGCAACUGCUUGUUUCGGGCCCUGGGUGACCAGCUUGAGGGGCACUCCAGGAACCACCUGAGGCAUCGGCAGGAAACGGUGGAUUACAUGGUGAAGCAGAGGGAGGACUUUGAGCCAUUUGUGGAGGAUGAUGUGCCCUUUGAGAAACACGUUACCAAUUUGGCCAAGCCUGGGACCUUUGCUGGCAACGAUGCUAUUGUGGCCUUUGCAAGGAACAAUCAAAUCAAUGUGGUUAUUCAUCAGCUCUGUGCUCCACUGUGGCAGAUCCGGGGCACAGACAAGAGCAAUGUGAGGGAGCUGCACAUUGCUUAUCGUUACGGGGAGCACUAUGACAGCGUGAGGAGGAUCAACGAUGACUCAGAAGCUCCGGCAUAUCUUCAGAUGGAGAUGCUUUGCAAAAACAAUGCAAAUAAGACAGAGGAAGUGAAGCCACAGAAGGGUGACUCUGAGGAUGAGACUGAAGCGGAAAUGGAAAAUGCUGUACAAAAAGUGUGCAAUGCAGCAGGGUGUUCAGACAUGGAUUUAGUAAGCCACGUCCUGGAAGCGGAGGAUUACAACAUAGAAUCUGCAAUAUUUGCGAUCUUACAAGUGAAGGAAGGAGAAGGAACAAGUACCGAGGAGCAGCAGAAACCCCAGAGCAGGGAUCAGAAAUCCUGCAGCAAAACAUUGUGGGAGGAGAAUGGAAGCGGUUCAAGAAUCUUUGGAAAUCAGAGCUUGCAUCAAAGUGAAACAGGAAACAACAAAGGACAGGCUGGAUCCAGUGGAGAGAACCAAGCCAGCAGGAACCCACAGGUAGCUAAAAAACAGAAGAAGGAGCAGCAGAGGCUGGAGAAGAAGAAGCGGCAGGAGGAGAGGCACCGGCAGAAGGUCUUGGCCAUGAAGAACAACUGUGCAGAUGACAGGACAGAGACAGACCCCACCAACCACAUCACCUUGGUGAAGACCAUGGCAGCCCUAAACAUAUGACUGUGUGCUGAGUACUCUGGGGAGAAAAGCAAAUAAAACUGAUGAAGACAAAACUCCCCCUGAGCAAAUUUCCAGGCACCCUUUGUUACCCUAAAAUCAGUUUCUGCAGAGGUUUUCAAGGACAAGAGAAAUUCCUGUUCCUUUGGUUGCGGGGAGGACAGUUACUCAGUGAUUCCACGUCAACCUGUGUGUGAGAAGAGUUGUUUGAACUUAAAAAGUAGAGACUUGGGUUUAUAAUUUUGGAGUUAGAUGAAGGUGAGAACCUUUUUUUCACAUAGCAAUGUCACAUUUGCUUUGACAUCUCUUGAUGUGCCUGGAUUUUUUUUUUUUACUUGAUUAUGCUUGGAGGAGCUUUAUUUUACCUUUCUGUCAGGGAAAGCUUAACAAAUCUCAACUCAGGAACAACUUUGGUGGUUUUUUUUCUAUUUAAAUUUAAAUGAAGUGAAUGAAGUCUCAGAAUCCUUUCCAGAGCAAAAUGUGUCAGCCAGGACUGUCUCAAACAUGACAUUCCUCUUUUCUUUGCCAGGCAGGAAUGCAGUGACAAGUUUUAAUCUCACUAAAACUGUUGGCCCUCGUUCAGAAGCGAUUAAUACGUAAAGGGAGAAUGGGAUUGCUGCAUCCAUGCUUGCUGAAGUUUGGGACCAGCUCCUUUGCUAGCUGAGAGCUGUAGAGAGACAUAAACCCACCCAAAAUAAUAAUACCAGUGGAGUCAUGAGACUGCAGAGCCAACUCAUCUGAUCCGGUGAUGGUUGAUGAGGCUGUAAAAUGUGACAGGAGCAGGCAGGAGAUUUCUGGUGAGUGUUGUUACUUGGACAUCUGGAAUCUCAUCCCCUUUGUCAUAUUUUGGAGCUUUUGGGCUACUCCAGAGCUUUAGUCCAAGCCAGGAACUUGAUAGGUGUUAGUCUCCAAAUUACAUUAGUGUAGCUAAAGGAACAAGAGUCCUGGGAACAAGCUUCCAAGCACCAGUACUCCCUGGGAAACCUGCCUGUUUCACUUCAUAAAUCAACCUUUUUCCAGGGUAGAAUUUUUCCAUCUUAAAUUCCAUUUUGGUGAGGUCACCAAGUAGGAUGUACAGCUUGACUCCAGUGAUAAUUUCCACUGUAGGACUGAGGAUUUGGACCAAGGUGAAAGGACUGUGGGAUUCAGCUCUGGAUUUAUGGCUCCCAGUGUUUCAGCGUUACUCAGGUUUUUGGAUUUGUGACAAGCACUAAGCUUGAAGAAAGCACACGUGCACUUACACAACAGCAGGAGACACCUCAUCAGCCAGGGCAGAGGUGAAGGGGAUUUUUUAAAAGUAAGGAACGUUGCUUUUGAAAAAAAAUCUAUGUGUGCUUUGAAGUUUAUAAAUCAGCAUGAAAAUAUAAAUGCCUUUUUUUACUGAA